AUGAGUACGGCAGUCCACGCUGAAAGUAGCCAUACUGGCACCUCGCCAAUUGUUCCUCGAAGCCCCUCACUUCUAUCGCCACCAUCUUCAAGUCCACCUUCAGCAGAAACAUCUCCACAGCUAAAACCCCUCCCACCAAUUCCCACAGACGACUCCAGUGGAGAAGAAGAGACUACCUACAAUGACGUGAUCCGUCCAGGGGAAAUCAACGUCCAGGAGAUCGACGCUGAGUCCAUUAUUGCUCCUGUAAUAUCACGAAGCCAGUCCACUGCACUAUAUAGAAAUGCACUCUCACCUACUAGCACCACUGCCCCCACAGGCUUAUUCCAGCCAGGAAGCGCACAGGACAAACGCGCGCAAACUUAUGGAAGAGUGUAUCCCAAUUUCGUGGCAAGGGAAAAGACACAGGCGCAAGCAGCCCAGGGGAAGAAGUCAAGGCCAUUUUUCCAGGUUCCAUCACUGCAGAUGCCAAAUGUGAGCCUACCGAACGUUAGCUUGCCAUCUUUUAGUGGGGUCAACACCCGUCUGCGCUCUAAAACGUUAUUUAAUCCUCGUUCUGGGGCACCAGGGGCCACGGGAGGGGGAGGCAUAAACUCCUCAUUCUUUGCGGACAGGGCUUCGGCAUUUUUUGGCCGUCUAGAUCAAACAACGGCGGCCACAGCGAUUACUAAUGAAGAGUUGGCAAACCAGAAGAAGCCUAGACCGCAUGCACAUAGGCGAUCAUCUUCACAUCCGUCCGUACUUAUGGAUCCACUCUCCCGAAUGCCUUCGGCCGCAUCGUCACUAGGUGAUGAUUCAAAGUUCUUGCAUAUCCACGCUCCGGCCAACGCACGAUUCAAGGCCAUCCUAGAUGGGCUCCCAACCUUUCCAAAUUUCCCACAGCUACCACAAUUAGCGCAGUUCAAUCCGUUCACUGAUUCAGUACCCGAGACUGCAGCUAACAACACCGCUGUUUCCCCAGCAUUGGAAGCCUUGGAUAAUGUCACUGGCGAUGUGGUAAUUAUGGGCGGAUAUAGGGGAUCGAUCCUCCGGGAUAAAACAGCCGGGAAUAGGCGUGUCUGGAUCCCGUUGAAAGUGGGGUUCAACCUCCGCAAGAUAAACCUUGAAGUUGGCCUAGACCCAGAGGACGAGGAGAAUAUGAAAGACAAGAUCGCACCUUCGGGAAUGCUUACUCAUAUCGGCCCUGUUGAUAUAUCCAGGAAACUCUUGAAACGCCUCCGCUUAAACUCAGAUGCCCGCGGGCGUAGAGUACAUGAGUGGGGAUAUGAUUGGCGAUUGUCUCCGGAGCUGCUAUCCAAGAGAUUAAUUGCAUUUUUGGAGGGGCUAGAGUGCAAUUCUAGAAACUCCGAGGGAGGUGAAAAGCGAAAAGGGGCAUUGGUGAUUGCGCAUUCACUCGGAGGGUUGAUUACUAGGCAUGCCAUGAACCAGCGGCCAGACCUGUUCUCGGGUGUGUUGUUUGCGGGGACGCCGCAGACCUGUGUCAAUAUCCUGGGACCACUGAGAAAUGGGGAUGUAGUGUUGAUGAAUUCAAAAGUUUUUACCGCACAGGUAAACUUUACUCUCCGGACAUCCUACGCCUUUCUGCCUGAAAGCGGAGAAUGCUUCGUUGACCGUAACACUGACAAACCCCUUCCACUCGACUUCUUUAACGUCAAAACCUGGCAAGACUACUGCUUGACCCCCUGUGUCUCCACGUUUACCCCAUACCCUGCGCCCUCAACCAGCACCUCUGUUCUGGGGACUUUAUCUGCCUUCACCUCCACCGCCGACUUGAGUAAAGACCGCAGCAUAGCUCCACAGACGUCUUCCACCCCGUCAACAGGAACCGACCAACACCCUACUCUCCCACUCUCUCGCACAAUACCGUAUCUCGAACGUACUCUAGCCGAAACACUACGCUUUAGAAAGGCGCUGGAGUAUAACCCAGAGAAGGAAGCGCUGUAUCCACCGCAAGCAGUGCUAUACUCGAAAACAUCGCCGACUGUGAGAGGUGCGAAAGUGGAUGGGUUAGAGGGAAUUAAGAGGGCAGAUGCGUAUGUAGAUUUGCUAUUUGGUGCCGGGGAUGGUGUCUGCCUGGCGAAAAAAGCGAUGCUCCCCGAAGGAUACAGAUGUGCGAAGAGGGUGGCCGUAGACAGGGGUCAUAUUGGUUUGUUGGGAGAUUUGGAGGGAGUUGGAAAGUGUAUAGAUGCUUUGGUGAAGGAAAGAGGGUGGUAA